UGUCGCGCUUGCAAUCAUUUAUUCUGUUUGCAUGGCAACUGCAUUAGGGGUUUGUAAUACACAGUUAGAACCUCUUCACACAUUGAUUGUCUUUGGAAUCAGUUUGGUGCUAUUCACAUCUGCAUUUUUGAUCGGUGCAGCGAUUAAAACAGAUUUGGAAGAUCAGUUAAUAAGUAUUCUAAUAUCAUUUUUGGUUAUGUCUGUUAUCAGUGUAAUAGUCGCGGUUGUGUUCAGUUUUUGGGACCAAUUCAAGUUUCAAACGAUUGGUGUUUACAUGGGUGUACAAUUAAUAUUUUUCAUUAUUUCUUUUCAAUUUUAUCAAUCAAUACGGGUAUCAUUAUUGUCAACAGGACGAAUAGUACAACUUAACAAAAGCUAACAUGAUCUAUUUGAUAGUGUUGAGAUGGCCAGCGAGAAGC